CAAAACAGCUGUUUGUUUUCAGCAGUUGGUAAAUUUGCUUCAUAUAACUGCAAAUAGUUUUUACUGAAUUCAGUUGUUUAUUUCAGUGAUAUAUUAAAUAUUUGAUUCAAGUUGAGGUGUAUAUAAAGUAUAUUCUUUAAAAUAUGUCUUUGGAAAUUCCUUCAAAUCCUGUUUAUCAUACAAGUGUGGAACAAAAGCUUCAUUCGAAAAAUGCCGCCAAAGUAUAUCGCUAUGGUUCGCCAAAAAUUCGUGACCAAUUGCGUGAUAAAUGUCGCAUGCGGGUGCGUGAAGCUAGGCAGGCCAACUUCACUAAACGGCGUUUAGCAAUUGUAACAGAAGAGUUCGACCUUGAUAAGCUGUUGCGAGAAGAAGUUGCUAACUUGGAAAGCGACUUGCGUUUGCAAGAAGAAAUUUUCAAAGAGCUUCGCGAUGAAAUGAAUGAAUGGUUUGUACAGGAAUUAGAAGCAGAAGAAAUAUCGCUAAUAAAUGCCGCCGAUGAAGAUGCCAAUAACAAUUCUGUUAUUUGUCCCAUUUGCCAACAAUGCAAUCUUUCCCAUGCAGUCGCAGAGGAGAAAGAAGGAACUAAUAUUUUCAAGUGCACUUGUGGAGUGAGUUUCAAUAAUGCGGCUAAGCCUUUGGCCCUACGACAAAUACUACAUUCGCAAAUAGAUGUGCAUGAGCAAAAUUGUGAUGCCAAUCUCACCUUCUAUUUGGAGCCGCAAAGCGCAUAUGAUGUAGCAACUGAUGCAAGUGUCAACAGUCUUUGUGCUAUUUGUGAUAAAUGUGAUUACUUUUAUAGCUUCUAAGUGUUUAAUAAUUAACAAUUAUUUUUUCUAUUGAUGAAUUAUACCAAGGCAAUAGUAUGUAAUUGAAAGAUAAUGCUCGCCAUAAUUAGAAAUUAAUAAGUGAACUGAAUAAAAAAUUUAUAAAUUUAUGUGCAUUUAAGUAUUAUCGACAUCAGAAUAUUUUAAUUUUUAUGAUUACUUCUACAAACAUGUUUAAAAUGAAAGAUAUAACAAUGGAAAACUCAUUUGUAUAUCGUUGUAUUAAUAAAAGGCUAUAUAUUGAA